CGCCUCUCUCAUGAAUCUCCCACCACCGAAAUCGCAGUGUCGGUACGCUGUGUCAUCGCCGAUAAUCCUCCCUGUAGAACUUAUCACAGAAGUGCUUUCUUUCCUUCCUGUGAAAAAUCUCUGAUGCGAAUGAAGUGCUGCUGUAAAUCUUGGAAUGCCUUCAUAUCCGAUCCUUUCUUUGUCAAGUUGCACCUUCAACGAUCUACGCGAAACCCUCACCUCACACUUGCAUGCAUCUAGACGUACACGACCUACAGAGCAUAGCAGUGUUGUACCAAUCUCCUUGAGUCGUUUGCUGGAGAGUCCAUCAAAUUCGAUCACCCUUACCGAAGAUCCUUACUAUAAUUUGAAGGAUAAAGAUUGUCCAUCGGUUAUUGGUUCCUGUAACGGAUUAAUAUGUUUGUUCGGUUAUUCUUAUAACUAUAUAAGAGAGUCGUGGCUCCGUUUCUGGAACCCUGCUACAAGGACCAUAUCGGAUAAAUUAGGGCAUUGCCAUAAUCCCGUGUUACCUUACCGGUUGACAUUUGGUUAUGAUAAUUCAAUGGAUACUUAUAAGGUAGUUGCCUUAGAACCAGAGGCAAGAGUUUUUAGUUUCCGCGAUAAUGUUUGGAAAACUAUUCAAAGAUUUCCUCUCUAUCAUCGCCUAAAUUGGAGUGUGCAUUUGAGUGGUAAUGUUAAUUGGUUGGCAACUCUUCGCAACUACCACCGUUAUGAUUGCAAGAAUAUUCCUUUUGAGCAAUAUGUGAUUAUUUCACUUUAUCUGAGUAAACAGACAUACAAAGAGUUGCUUCUUCCUCAAGAUCUGCAAUCCCAACUUCAAAGACAUCAGUGUUAUUGACGGUAGGUGGCUUGGCUGGAUGAGGAAAUUAUAUGAAGAAAGAAAAGAAGAAAGAGGCUUAUUGUAGCCACAAUUGCUCCAAUUAUAGUACUAAAAAUAUUUUUGAAUUUGGUUGCAUAUUAGUAUUUUUA